AUGUUAAUGAAAGAAGAAAAACAACUCAUUCAUAAUAAUAGUAAUACAAUAUUCAAUAUUCAACAACAAAACAAUGAAAUCAUUGAAUAUUUAAAUAAUAACAAUGAAAUCAACAAGAAUAAGAGACAUAAGAAUAGUGAUAUCAUUCCAUUUGCUUUGUUUAACGAUUCAUUUGAACCAGAAUUGAACAGAUUCACGUUGCAGUCAUCAUUCAAAGAUUUAUCUUUUACAAAAGAUAAAAGCUUUGUCUAUGACGGAGAGGUUAACAAAUGGAAAGAAUCACAUCUCAAGACAUCGAAUUUCCAACUUAUAACAGAUAAAAAAACUAUUCUAUUUAACAUAAACAAUGUCUACAGUAAAAGUAACAUAUAG